CGUCCCGGAUGGUCUCGCGCGCGGCCUGUGCGAGGUGAACCCUGAGGCUGCCGGCGGUCCCGUGCCGAGGUCUGUCUCAUGCUGCGGGCUGCGGCCAGCGGCCUCCGCUCGCACCAGCGGCGCUGAGGCGCCGGAGCCGCGCGCGCCAUGUCGUCGGGCCUCCGCUCCGGCGACUUCCCCCGCUGGAAGCGCCACAUCUCGGAGGAGCUGAGGCGCCGGGACCGGCUGCAGAGGCAGACGUUCGAGGAGAUCAUCCUGCAGUACAACAAGUUGCUGGAAAAGUCGGAUCUUCAUUCGGUGUUGGCCCAGAAACUACAAGCUGAAAAGCAUGACGUACCAAACAGGCAUGAGAUAAGUCCUGGACACGAUAGUGCAUGGAAUGACAGCCAGCUGCAAGAGAUGGCCCAGCUGAGAAUUAAACACCAAGAAGAGCUGACUGAAUUACACAAGAAACGUGGGGAGUUAGCUCAGCUGGUGAUUGACCUGAAUAACCAGAUGCAGCAGAAGGACCGGGAGAUGCAGGUGAAUGAGGCAAAAAUUGCAGAAUGCUUGCAGACUAUCUCUGACCUGGAGACCGAGUGCCUGGAUCUGCGGACUAAGCUUCAGGACCUGGAAAUAGCCAAUCAGACCCUGAAGGAUGAAUAUGAUGCCCUGCAGAUCACGUUCACUGCCUUGGAGGAGAAACUGAGGAAAACCACGGAGGAGAACCAGGAGCUGGUCACCCGGUGGAUGGCUGAGAAAGCCCAGGAAGCCAAUCGCCUCAACGCAGAGAAUGAGAAGGACUCCAGGCGGCGGCAAGCCCGGCUGCAGAAGGAGCUCGCGGAAGCAGCAAAAGAGCCUCUACCAGUGGAACAGGACGAUGACAUUGAAGUCCUUGUGGAUGAAGCCUCUGACCACACUGAGGAGACCUCUCCGGUGCGAGCCAUCAGCAGAGCAGCCACUAAGCGACUCUCGCAGCCUGCUGGAGGCCUUCUGGAUUCUAUCACUAAUAUCUUUGGGAGACGCUCAGUCUCUUCCUUCCCAGUCCCCCAGGAACACGUGGAUGCUCACCCGGGUUCUGGCAAAGAAGUGAGGGUGCCAACCACUGCCUUAUGUGUCUUUGAUGCCCAUGAUGGGGAAGUCAACGCUGUGCAGUUCAGUCCAGGUUCCCGCUUACUGGCCACAGGAGGCAUGGACCGGAAAGUAAAGCUUUGGGAAGCGUUUGGAGACAAAUGUGAGUUUAAGGGCUCCCUGUCUGGCAGUAAUGCUGGAAUCACCAGCAUUGAGUUUGACAGCGCUGGUUCUUACCUCUUAGCAGCUUCCAAUGAUUUUGCGAGCCGAAUCUGGACUGUGGAUGAUUAUCGAUUACGGCACACACUCACGGGACACAGUGGGAAAGUGCUCUCUGCCAAGUUCCUGCUGGACAACGCACGGAUCGUGUCGGGAAGCCACGACCGGACCCUCAAACUCUGGGACCUGCGCAGCAAAGUCUGCAUAAAGACAGUGUUUGCAGGAUCCAGUUGCAAUGAUAUUGUCUGCACAGAGCAGUGUGUAAUGAGUGGACAUUUUGACAAGAAAAUUCGUUUCUGGGACAUCCGAUCAGAGACGAUCGUCCGAGAGAUGGAACUGUUGGGAAAGAUUACUGCCCUGGACUUGAACCCAGAAAGGACUGAGCUCCUGAGCUGCUCCCGUGACGACCUGCUCAAAGUUAUUGAUCUCCGAGCGAAUGCUGUGAAGCAGACAUUCAGUGCCCCUGGAUUCAAGUGCGGCUCUGACUGGACCAGAGUUGUCUUCAGCCCCGAUGGCAGUUACGUGACAGCAGGCUCGGCCGACGGCUCGCUCUACGUGUGGAGUGUGCUCACGGGGAAGGUGGAGCAGGUGCUAACGAAGCAGCACAGCUCAUGCAUCAAUGCGGUGGCAUGGUCCCCCUCCGGCCUCCACGUGGUCAGUGUGGACAAAGGCAGCAAAGCCGUGCUGUGGGCGCAGCCUUGAUGGACCUCCCGGGAGAAGCACAGGACUCUGCAGCUCUGUCCUGGUGAAUGUGUGUCUGCCCAGAGAAGGGCUCAGGCCAAGGCUCAGUGGCCUUUUCAACAGGAUUUCCUAGACUUCUGACUGAGGUCUGUAAUGGCCCGGAAGAAUCACACUGAAACAAUCUGACCCUGUGGUCGCUCAGCAGAGGUCCAGGUUCCUGCCCUGCUUCCAGUGGGAAACACUACUAGCUCUGAUCUUCCAUACCUCAUUGGGCGGGGGAGCACGGGCCCCUGCUGGGUCUCCUCACUGGACAGCAGUGCCAAAAACACCCGACCUGUCCGGGCGUCGGUUCGCUCUGUGCUUUCUCCUGGCCUUCCAGUCUGUUCUCACCCAAUGCAUGUUCCCCCCCUUGGGCGCGUUUGCUCCAUGAAAUCGCUUUAAACAUAAGAUUAAUGGGAACCCCAGCCCAGGGCCCAUCCCGAUGCUGAGGAGACCCUGGGGAUGGGCCAGGGCUUCUGUGCAGAUCACGUCUGACCCCUCGGAAGCUCCUGACGUCCCUGCAACUGUUCUUCAGAGCUUCUGACUCGCUGUCCCCAGCACGUCUGCCUAUCUAUUUCCUGAUCAAGAAAUAAACACCCAUUUGGCUUCUAAGUAGAGGAGGAAGCGUGGAAACCUCCUGCCAGAGUGGAUUUACUGCGGUGUGAGGAGCGUGCUCCUGUGUCGCUCGGCACAUGCUCAGAAGGCGGCUGCACACCACGUCUGCUGGUGGCGAGGGGCGUGACGCCUCAGCUGCACUGCCCUGCGUUGGCCUGACCGUGCCGCUGGGCUGCAGGGCAGGACGCCGCGUCCAGGAAGCACCGGGCCAUCUUCCUGGUGCAGGAGUUGCCGUGAAAGCCAGGGAAAGAUGCCCAUCUCUACCUGUGCGUUAGAUUGCAGUUCUGGGUGUCUGAAGCACCAGUGUUUGUAUCACUUUUUAAUUUGCACUUUAUUUUCCCCUCCCUCACUUUGUUCUCUGCACAGUUGGGGAUUGAGUGAUGGCCUGGGGGUGAGGAAUGAGGCCUGGGGCGGCCUCUCUAGCCUUCGCCUCCCCUGCCCACGUCGCCCCUCUGCGGUUUGCCCUUAGAGGACUUGUGUUCACGUUCAGGGGAGCUGAAAUUCAAAGGCCAGGGCACAUCAUUUAUUUAUUUAAUUAUGUUGCCCACAAAACUUGAUUGUAAAUA